AUGGCCCAGCAAAGUAUGAAAGUACGGCCUGUGCUCCUAAAGCGAAGCAGUCUCGAGUCUGUGGAGCUCGUAAAACAACCGCACCACCGCAGGAGCAAAUCGCAGCAAGUGCGAUUCAAGGAGGAUGGGAACACUAAGAGCCCGACUGGCGUUACAGAGGUUGAUACCCAAACGCCUGAAGAUGCGGGUCUAAUGGGGAAGACGCAAGCGUCCCGGCACCAUCACCCCGCCACCUACUCGCUGUCUUUCCCCAGGUCCCACAAGGCAGGAGGCUUUCGCAGCAUCUCUAUCCAGACCUCCCCCAGUCUUAGGAAGCACUUCCCAGUUUUCAAACGGAAGAAACUCACGACUAGCAAGUCCUUGGUGGAAAUGCCGACAGCAUCCCCAAGCGCCAUCCAGGUCAACGGCAACCUCUCUGAACAGGAUGUAGUGUCCUCUGACCUUGCCUUCCUGAGGCUGGCUCAGCAUCUUGAGGAUGGGCCCCGAAGACUCAAAAUGCCCCACCCGUUUCUCCCUAGGAUGUCCAAGGUGCAAAGCAAUGGGCCCGUUAGCUUCUGCUUGGAAUCUGGGACUUGGAGGGCCUCAGAGAAAGCAACAGCUGCCAUUCAGGUUCCAGAUGAUAUUUGUCACAGUCCAACCUGGGAAGCUCGAGAGGUUACUUUCAGCCCAGAAAGCCCAGCUGCAGAAAGCAACUCCAUACCCACUUUGGUCACCAUGUGUCCAGGGGAUGGGCAAAGAGAGCUGACAUCAGAACCAGAAAGACUCCCCUCCUGCUUAAACGCCAACAGCAGUACCAACAACACCCCAGGCACGGGAAAACUCACACCUGAAUCGCUUUUGCCCAAAGAUCACCCUGACAACAUAGACCUUGGCCUUCUGUCAUCUCAGUCAAAGAAGAUGUGUGCUCCUUCACCAUCACGGACUCAUGGCUCCUCUGAGCCAGGCUCUCAUAGCCAGCCCGCCCACGUAGGAAGAGCCUCGGAUUGCACAGCACUGGGUGACGAUCACCAGGACCUGGAACCGCUCAAAAGUAGCAGUGCAUCCAAGUCUGUCCCUGUGUGUUGGGAGCAUGUGACAAAGCUCCCCAGCCAGCCAGAUAUCCCGGAGCUUCAGACUGGUCUUGGAAAUGAGCAUCUCCUGUCCUCACUUCCGAGGCAUGAGAACAAGCCUCAGAGCAGCAGGGAGCUUGGUGGUAGUAAUCACAGUCACCUGGCACAGGGGGAACUCUGUGACCUCCAAGGCCGGCUGCAAUCCGUGGAAGAAUCACUGCACUCAAACCAAGAGAAAAUUAAAGUCCUAUUGAAUGUGAUUCAAGAUCUGGAGAGAGCUCGCGCUCUCACGGAAGGGCGGAACUUUUAUCGGACUGGCCAAGACCUCAACAACUGCAGCACCUGUCAGAACACGGCGUGCAUCAUAUACAGCGUAGAGUACGAUUUCCGGCAGCAGGAAGGCAGGUUCCACGAGAUUCUCCAGAGCCUGGAGGAGGCAGAGCCAGCUGAGGAAGCGCCUUCCCCACCCAAGUCCCCAGCAGAAGCCCCGGUCCCUGAGAAACAGGACUUAAGGCGGAAAAGCAAAAAGGUGAAGAAGAAAUGUUUCUGGUGGAUAUGA